AUGACUCUAACAGGAGAGUGCGAACAACAUCAAGAAGGCUUCAUUGAGGAUCCUACUACCUAUCGGAAGCUGGUUGGUAGUCUUAUCUAUCUAACCAUCACCCAACCAGACAUCUCUUAUGCUGUUCACACUGUCAGCAAGUUCAUGCAAGCCCCGAGGCAUCACCAUCUCUCUGCCGUUCGCCGCAUCAUUCGCUAUAUUCUUGGCACACCUAAUCGUGGCUUGUUCUUCCCUACAGGUUCUUCUCUUCAGCUUCAGGCUUAUAGUGACGCUGAUUGGGCCGGUUGCCCAGACACCAGGAGAUCUACUACUGGCUGGUGUAUGUUUCUUGGUGAUGCCCUUAUCUCUUGGAAAUGCAAGAAGCAAGACCACGUCUCCAAAUCAUCCACUGAGGCAGAGUAUCGCGCCAUGUCUGCUGCGUGCUCCGAGAUCAUUUGGCUGCGUGGUCUCCUCACAGAGCUUGGGUUCAGUCCACUUCAUCCUACUCCACUGCAUGCUGACAACACAAGUAUUACACCGGUUGACAUGACCCGUGAUACAACCCGUUUAAUAAACGGGUUAAACAGAGGAAGGAAGGAAGAAGCCCUAUUGGAAAAGGAGAGCCAGGACACGUGGUCUAAGAGGUGA